AAAUACAGUGGGUGAAGUUGUCUUGCCGUCAACAGGUGGUCAACAUCAACCUGGUGCGGGACAAAAAGACGGGAAAGAGCAAAGGAUUUGCUUUUUUGUGUUAUGAAGAUCAGAGGUCCACAAUCCUGGCCGUGGAUAACUUAAAUGGCAUCAAGCUAGCGAGCCGCACCAUCAGGGUGGACCACGUGGAGGAGUACAAGGUGCCCAAGAUGACGGAGGACAUGAUGCCCGAGCAGCAGAAGCUGGCCAUGGAGGGGUGCGCUCCACAGCCUCGCUCACUAACACCUGACAACUGUGAGGAGGAUCUACGAGUCAGAGAAGAAAAAACAAUUAAGAAAGAAAAACUAGAGAAAGUGAAGGUAAAGAAAGAAAAGAAGAAAAAGAAGAAGAAGAGGAAAGUGUCUUCGUCGUCUUCGGACAGUCCGUCGUCGUCCGAAGAUUCCGACGACGAGGAGAAGAAAAAGAAGAAAAAGAAAAAGAAGAAGAAGAAAAAGAAGAGGAAGAAGGCGAAAGAAGAAUCGGAUUCGCAGAGCAGCAGCGACGAUUCGGCCAGAGAAGAAGAGCGCAGCAGGACAAAGAACAGGGAGAAGGCCGACGAGGGGAUGCCGGCAGUGAAGGAGGAGAAGCACGACCCGGGCUACGACAAGUACGAACAGUCCGGACUCCAGGACGAGGAGUACAGGUUUAAGAGCAGAGAAAGAGAUAAGAGUCAGGAGAGGUACAGCAGAGACUUCCAGAGAGAUAGAGGAGGACAAGACCGAUACAGAGACCAAGAGAGACACAGAGAUCAAGAGAGAUACAGAGAACAUGAGAGAUACAGAGACAAUUUUAUGAGAGACAGUAGAGAAAGAGAGAGAAGGCAUGACAGAUACAAAGAUAACACGAAGAGAGAUAAUGAAUGUUACGGCUACAGGGACGACCGCGACAGAAUCAGGGAACACGGGCACUGGGGCGGCGGCGGCUCAGAUGGUCGCUACAGAGGACGUGGCAGAGGAAGGUACUUUGACGGGGACAGAGGACGCGGCAGGUUCUAUAAUGCCAACUUUAACAGACGGGGAAACUUUGGCAGAGGCAGAGGUGGAUUCAGGUUCAGAGGAAGACGAUAGAAUGAUUGAAUCGUGAGCGGGUGUGUGUGUGUGUACCUAAUGUAGACAGUCACACGUGUAGGAUGAAUAAUGAUUUAGCUGAUUAAGAAGUGACAGUAACUUGUUUGUUUAUAUACCAUAGGCCAAACAUUUAAUCUCUUUCUGACUUUAUUGGAAAAACCUAAAUUAUAUACUAUAAACAAGUAGGAAUUUCCCAUAUAGACAAAACCAUAACCCAGCCUAGCCUAACCUAACCAUGUUUAUCGUUCUCUGUCUAACCUUCCCUGACAAUUAGAGCUAUGUGCCUUAACAUCGACCUGUCCUCUUGCACGUUCAGCCUCACGUUGUGUCUCAUUACUGUACUUACUAUGUUUGUGUGGUCAGUGCUUUGAUGUUGUCCUUAUCUUACCCUUAAUUAAACCAAAAUAUUCUUCCUGUGUUACAUUACUUGUCUCUGAUACACCUUAACACCUUCCUGUGUUACAUUACUUGUCUCUGAUACACCUUAACACCUUCCUGUGUUACAUUACUUGUCUCUGAUACACCUUAACACCCGAUACACGGAUCCUCCAAGUUAUUCCUCUGUGCACCUUCAUGGGGGUCUGUCCCUCAUAUAACCCGUUGCUUAGGAAGGAAAUGAUAAUCACACCGACGUUUCCUCCUGUUGUUACACUAGUAGCCCUAACUCCUGUAAUAUUGAGAGCAAAGUUUGUUGUGUUUAGGGUUCACUGUCACCUGCACUGUACAGUAUAUUGUGUGUUUAGCUGUGCCUCUCUCUGUGUGGUUGUCAUCCAUAAAGUAGGAGUUUAUGUUGGUCUCCAUCAUUUGUAUCUGGUUGUUACUUAAUCUGUAAUAAUGAUUUUUUGUAUUUAUGAAGGUGUGUGCUGAGUUAAACCAUAAUGUUAUACUCUCAUAUAUUAUACAAGUACUGUAUAAUCAUUUUCUAUAUGUAAGAUAUCAUCAUAAAGUGUUGUGAGUACAUACAGAUGUUUGGUCUUUAUACAUAAAGGUUUAAGACUCAGCAUCUCCAUUCAUCUUGACUGUCAGAUAAGAUAAAACUGGGGACUACAUGCAUUAGUUUAUAUGUGUGUUGGCAUGGACAAGUGUAUGUGUGUUGGCAUGGACAAAAGUAUGUGUGUUGGCAUGGACAAGUGUAUGUGUGUUGGCAUGGACAAGUGUAUGUGUGUUGGCAUGGACAAGUGUAUGUGUGUGUUGGCAUGGACAAGUGUAUGUGUGUUGGCAUGGACAAAUGUAUGUGUUGGCAUGGACAAGUGUAUGUGUGUUGGCAUGGACAAGUGUAUGUGUGUUGGCAUGGACUUGUGCAGAUGUGAAAUAGAUAUGCAAGGAAGGUCAUACAGUCAUGAGUUCAUUUAUACACAAAAACAUUAUUAUACUAAAUUGAGUUAAAGAGAAGUUAAUUUGUGAACACUUUGCUUACUUCUGUGUGGUAAAAAGGUCCAAGUUUUUAGUACCAGAUAGUGACACCUGCCAAUCCCACCACCUGUGUACUCGGACCACCUCCGUGAUCCGACCAAUAGAAUUCAAUCCCUCCAAAUUCGUGUUAAUUAAUAUAGUGCACUCAGUCAAGUACAGUGACCCACCAUACAAUAAAGAUUCUAGCCAGUAAUGUUGGUCCACGGUCUCCUAUGCUCACACUUACGCAAAAUUUCUCGCGUGUCGGCUACCUCAUGGUGAUUAUCAUGUGUUGUGCAGGACCCAUAAUUCACUUAUAUGCAUCACAAACAAUGCAAAUGUUUUUUGUGACAAACUUUUCCUCUGUUAAAUCCCCACACAGGGAUCUGCCAGCCAUACUGUACUGUACUGAGAGGGGUGACUGUCAGGAUAUCGCUCUACAACCUGUGUGUGCAUGGUGCAGCAGUACUGUUCUGUUGAUGUGAAAAACAGUUUUAAGUUAUUUUCCAGAAUUAGUUUUCUGGAAUUUUGUUUUGUAACUUAAGUUUCAUAAUUCUAUAUUACAGGAAUUGAGUAUUAUUUCACUUUUAUUUCACAAAGCAGCUUUUGUAAAUGGAAGAGUGAUUGCUAGUUCUGUAGUGUGUGUGUGUGUGUGUGUGUGUGUUUGUACUCAGACCAGCACCUCUCUGUAGAGGACCUGGCCUCAGCUCUUGGGUGGUCUCAAUACACAGGUUUAAUUUGGUGUUUAUUAUUGAGAAGUCAAACCCGUAAAUCCAUAUUUACUCUAUUUACUUUAAUCUCUUUAUAUAAACAGAUUGGAACUCAAACAACCAAAAGUUAUGUGGUUGGACUCCAUUUUUUAUUUUGGUUUGAUUUGCCAUUGAAGACUUAAUGGUAAGCUUUGAGUGAAGUGAUUGUUAAGUGUAAAACUGAUUGUCAAAUGUAGAAGAGUACUGUACAUCAUUAGCGUGUAGUAUGUAAACAGUCAGUAAACCACCCAUGUGGAGUAAGUUCAUCCAAA